CAUACACACACACAUAGCACGGAUGUUUCAACGAGUUGCAGGACGGGAUUAGGAUUCGUUGAAGGACCACGAGCUGAAAAUAUGAAUUUGCCGAAUGCGAACAACAAUAACCAUGCAUCAUCGCCCAUCUACAGCAAUAAGUCCAUCAUAAAGAAGAGCUCCAAAGGCGAUCUAAUGAGGGCCGCCGUCGGUUUGUUGCUGAAACAAAAGAAUUAUGUUGGCAACGAAAAGUUUCGCCGAUCGGACUUCCUCUUGUUGCAAAAUAAAAGUCAAUUUGCUGUCAACAAAAUGCUGGACGCCGAUCUGCAUGGCGGCAACAGCUUCACCUACUCCAACGUCCAAGUGAUGACAAACAAUCAGCACAUGGUCGACCAGCAGUUCGGACGCUUCUCGCAGUUUGUGGAGGCGCAGCCGGAACCGUUGCGUAUCGAAAUGAAACGCUUCUUUGCACCGAUGCUGUGCCAUUUGUAUCUUGAGCUGUUGAAGGCGCGCGAAUCGAAGGGCGCCGUUGAGUUCCUCAAGAAGUAUGCGCAUCUGGUGGCGCCGGUUGACCUGUACGAUGCCCCACUGCCCACAAAGAUCAAUGGCUGCUCGGUGACAAAUGAGGCGCAACUCUUGAGUGCCUCCGACUGCCACAUUCGUUUCGCCAACGAAGCGCAGAACACUGGCGAUGUGGAGCUGGAUUAUUUUAUGAAAUUAGUACAAAUUCUGUCCGGUUGCACGAAACUGGAAACUGCCGAAUCUGAUCCGACUGUUGCGCAUUUUCGCGCUUCCAAAUAUGAAUUGCACACAACGGCCCAGGUAGUGGACAAAAUUGGUGCCUUUUUGCAGGGACGCGGCCAUGUGCUGAUCAUGAAUCUGCUCUACACUUGGCUGCACAUUCACAUUGUGGACAACGAUCAGCGUCUCUUUACGGAAGAUUAUCUGCUGGGCAUCACCGACGAACUCGAUGUGAUAGAAGGCUUUGAGGCGGACGAGGUAAGCUCGUCAUCCAGUGCAACGUGCAACAGUCGCAACAAGUCCAAUAUCAAAAAGCGUACUGCCGAGGACACAGUCAUUAAGCUGGAGUCGGAUAUUAAAAGUGAAUAUGGUAUUGAGGACGAAACCACAAUGGGUGAUAGGAACCGAAGCCACAUCGACGCCUGCCUGAGUACACUGAAAUCCUCGUCAGCACAGAUAUUGAAAGUUCAAGCGGAUCUGCCAUGUUUCUAUAGAAUCAGCGAACGGUCUCGUGGCCUGACCUCGGCUCAUGUGGAUAACAAUGAGUGCCACAUGCUGGCGGGCUUUGAUAACUCUUCCAUUCAGCUGUGGCAGCUGAAUCAGCAUAGCUGUAAAAGUAAAAAUUUCUACAGACGUGCCCCACACUCACAGUGCGAUUGGGAACUGAACAAUUGUGCAUACGAGGAGCAAGAGGAACUGGACAGCGAUGAGGAGACAAUGAAAUGCAGCACCGAGGAGCGAUGCAAUCGGAGCAAAGCGUUGCGCAACAAAUAUGCGGAUAACUCCUUCAACGAGUUUGGCGGAUUGCAGAUGCGUGGCCAUACCAAAGGUGUGACCAAUGUACGUUUCUCUGCCCACUAUCCGCUGUUUUAUAGCGUUUCGAAGGAUUGCACUUUGCGCUGCUGGCGUGCGCACAAUUUGCAAUGUGCGGCCAUUUAUAGCAGUCACAAUUACCCCAUUUGGUGUGUGGAUGAGAGUCCAGUGGGCCAAUAUGUGGUCACCGGCUCCAAGGAUUUGAGCGCACGUCUGUGGUCCCUGGAGCGUGAGCAUGCGCUUAUCAUUUAUGCUGGUCAUACGCAAGACGUUGAGUGCAUCGCCUUUCAUCCCAAUGGCAAUUACUUGGCCACUGGCUCAGCGGAUCAUUCGGUGCGCUUGUGGUGUGCCACCAGUGGCAAGCUUAUGCGCGUCUUUGCCGACUGUCGCCAAGCGGUGACCAGUUUGGCCUUCAGUGAUGACGGCAAAAUGCUGGCCGUCGCCGGUGAUGAAUCGAAAGUGCGCAUUUUUGAUUUGGCUGCUGGCGCUCAGCUGAGCGAACUGAAGGAUCAUCCGACCAGCGUUAGUUCGCUCGCCUGGGGUGAGCACAAUCAGCAGCUGGUCACUGCCUGCAUCGAUGGCAGCCUGAGACUGUGGGACAUUAAAAAGCUAACGCCAAUGAGCGAAAACAGCAGCAGCAGCAGCAGCGCCUACUCAUCAUCGUAUUCAUCAUCAUCGUCCUCGUCGUCAGCUACAACGAAUCGUCUCCUAACUGUGAAUAGUUCCUGCCAUCGUCUGGUCGAUGUAUUUUAUGGACGCAGUAAAAAGCUCUACUGUAUAGGCACAUAAAACAAAUUGUCAACUUAAUUGAGCA